AUGAUCCUGAGGUCAGAACUGCUAUUGUGGUGGCCGGUCCUGGUAACGUCUGCAUGGGCGGCGGAAACAAGAGCCUCAGAGUCCUCACGGCCUCGAGGUGUAGGGCCCGAAUUUGCCAAAUUCUAUAAAAAGACACCCUCGGACACUUUCACAUGCAUAUCGAAUCCCUCAAUCACGAUACCCUUCUCACGGGUCAAUGACGACUUCUGCGACUGUCCCGACGGAUCAGAUGAGCCUGGGACUGCGGCUUGCUCUUAUCUCUCCCAACUCUCGCCUCCACAGUAUCAUCCCGGACCUGACACUGCGGCGGUUGCCAUCAACACCACGUUAGCACUGCCCGGCUUCUACUGCAAGAACAAAGGCCAUAUCCCAGCGUACCUCCGGUUCGAGAGCGUGAACGACGGCAAGUGUGACUACGAUGUAUGCUGUGACGGUUCGGACGAGUGGGAGCAUGUCGGAGGACUCAAGUGUGAGGACAGGUGCAAGGAGAUUGGAAAAGAAUACCGGAAGCACGAAGAAAUCCGACAGAAGGCUUAUCAGGCCGCACUGAAGCGGAAGAAGUCGUUGGCAGCAGAUGCCGCCAGGCUACAACGCGAAGUCGAGCUCCGGAUACAUGAUCUGGAAACAAACCUGGAAGCUUUCCGGGUCAAGGUCAAAGACGCCGCAGAGAACUUGAAAGAAGUGGAGCGGAGAGAAAAGCUGAAGGUGGUCCGCGGUCAAGCAGCAGGAAAAGGAGCUGGUCAACUAGGCGUGCUCGUGGGAUUGGCCAAGUCUCGAGUAAACGAGCUGCGAGCGCAGUUGGAAAAGACCAAGAAGCAAAGAGAUGCCAUGCUGGAAAGGGUGACGGAGCUCGAAGGCCUGCUUUCCGCGUUGAAGGAAGAGUAUAACCCCAAUUUCAAUGACGAAGGCGUCAAACGGGCCGUUCGUGGCUGGGAAGACUACGCAGCCCGCGAGACGGACGACCACUGGUCCGAGGCGGAAGAUCGUGAUCUUGCCGCAAUCCUGCAGGAGGACAAUGAGGCGAACGGCAUUAACUGGGAGGAAUUCGAGAAUGCCCCCGAAGAACCGGAAUCUGACGUGGCGGCACUCUACCAAUUCAGCGCAUACCUCCCUGACGGAUUUAAGUUGUGGCUGGACGAGAAGAUCGCUUCACUUCGUCAGUUUUUGAUUGAAAGCGGUGUGCUUGCCGGCCGUUCCAAUGAUCCAGCCGCGGCCGCUGCGGAGAGCAAAGCCGUUCAAGAGGCAAAGAAGGCCCUGAGCGAAGCCGAACGCGACGUCCUUAACACCGAAAACGACCUUCGCCGUCACCGGGAGGACCUGGAGAAAGACUAUGGCCCUGAUGGAAUUUUCCGCGCUCUCAAAGAUACCUGCAUCUCCAAGGACAGUGGCGAGUACGAGUACGAGUUGUGUUUUAUGGGGCAGACGAAACAGAAGCCCAAAAAGGGCGGCGCCCAUUCGAACAUGGGCAACUUUGUAGGUUUCGACGUGGAAUAUGUCGAUGAAGGUGUUAGCUUGGACGGCAAAGGUCUCGGCACGGGCGACAGGAUCGUUAUGAAGUAUGAAAACGGCCAGGGGUGCUGGAACGGUCCUCAGCGGUCGACCAGGGUUUACCUCGCUUGUGCUGAAAAAGAGGAGAUCUGGAAGGUCAGCGAGACCGAGAAGUGUGUGUAUCGCAUGGAAGUGGGAACUGCCGCAGUGUGCGAGCCGCAGCAGUCCAAGGAUAAAAAGGAGGAAGAGGACAGGGUGAAGAAAGACGAGCUGUAG